CUAUGGGUAAACUAUUCCACGUGGGGAUGAAAGUGGUCACUUAUAAUAUAACUCAGUUAUUGAGUAAUUAUCAUACAAAUGGUACCAUUAAAUGUUUAAAACGGUAUUACAAGGACAUCACGGAUAUUACUAUUAGUACAUUAGUUAUUUUACUGAAAUUAAUGUUAUAGGUAGUUUUAACAAUCGGAGAAUACUAGUACUACAUAUUAUUAUCAGUUACUAUUUCGGUUAGUACUAGUAUGUGCAUAUAUUAUAAUUGUAAGUACUAUUUUCCAGCUUCAAAUCUUAGUUGGGUGAAUAUCUGAAGUGUGAGGCUUAUACUAUGGAAAUCUUGAAAAUAAAAGUGGAACCAGUGUCUGCUGAGGAGCAGAAUGCUUUGUUGGGAAUUAAACUGCUCAAAGAAGAGGAAAGAACCAUUAAAACACCAAAUGGAGAAAUAGAAGGAUUUUUACACCCCAUUUUUCAGCUUAGAAAAGUAAAAAAGGAGAAGGGAGUGGAUAAUGAAGUAACACAAAAAAAUGAAAGCACAGCUGUCAUGGUAAAGACUGAGCAACCUUUUUGGUUUUCAGAAGAUGGCAUUAUUUCCAUGUUUUCUGAGAGCUGUGAAAAUGUUUCAAACUUUUUAAAGCAUGAGGAUUUGAAAACAGAAAAAACGGAACCUACAGAAGAGUUGAUGCAAGUUGACCCUGCAUUAGACACCCCAUCUGAUUUGGAAACCCUAACAAAAGUUGAUUGUGAUAAGUUCUCUUCACAACGUAAAGAAAUCAUGCAUGAUUAUCCUGAUGGUCGUGAGAAGCAAAAUUCAAGAAGCUGUAGAAUUCUUAAGAAGUCACGAACAGUGAAUGAAUCCUUAAAACACAAUUUCAGUGUCAAAACAUUUUCAACUAAUUGUGAUUUAGAGAAAUAUCAGAGCAUCCACAAUGAAGAAGAAAAGUAUGAGAGUAAUACUUGUCACAAGACACUCAGAAAAAAAUCAGGCCUUCAUAAGCCAAUAAUUUGUGAUUUAUGUGGAAAGAAAUUUAAUUUAGCCUCAAACUUUAAAAGACAUCAGAUUAUUCAUAGCGGUGAGAAACCAUACAUUUGUGAUAUUUGCAAUAAGAGAUUUGCAUUGAUCAAAUACUUGAAAGAACACCUGAAGGUACAUACUGGAGAAAAAACAUAUAAUUGUGAUGUGUGUGACAAAAACUUCUCUCAGGCUUUUCAACUAAAGAGUCACCAACACCGUCACCAUAGAGAUAAACAGCUUGGGAAAGAAGUUGUCUUAACAACAAAACAGUGGGAGAAACCCGGUGAAGAUAUUUCAUUACCAGGGUGUUUGAAAGAAACUAAGAGAAUCCCUUCUGGAAAGAAAUACAUUUGUAAUACAUGUGGCAAAGAAUUUAAAAAGAAUUGUCAUUUAAAAACUCAUGAAGCUAUUCAUAGUGGGGCUAGACCAUUUAUCUGUGAUGACUGUGGCAAAAACUUCACAACUAAAGGAGACUUAAAAAAACAUCAGAGGAUCCACUCAGGAGAAAAACCUUACAACUGUGAUGUAUGUGGUAAAGAGUUUUCAAUUUCUUCAAACUUUAAAAGACAUCAAAAAAUCCACACUGAAAAGAAACCAUACAAUUGUGAUAUAUGUGGCAAACUAUUUGCAAUCUCAAACUACUUGAAAGAGCACCAGAGAGUCCAUACUGGGAAGAAGUUACACAGUUGUGAUGUUUGUGGUAAGGAAUUUCUAUUAGCUUCAAACUUAAGACAACAUCAGAAAAUUCAUAGUGGGGAGAAACCAUACAUUUGUAAUGUGUGUGGUAAACAUUUUAUUUUUUCUUCAAACUUAAAAAAACAUCAUUGGAACCAUACCGGUGAAAAACCAUAUUGUUGUGAUGUUUGUGGCAAAGAAUACACUCAGAAGUCAUACCUAAAAAGACACCAGUCUGUUCAUAGUGGAGAUAGGCCAUACCGGUGUGAUAACUGUGGGAAAAAAUUUCGUGUAAAGUAUGCCUUAAGUAGGCAUCUAAACAUCCAUACUGAGAACAAACCACACAUUUGUUGUAUCUGUAAUAAACAAUUUACAUCAUCUUGGCAUUGUAAGAGACACUGGAAGACCCACAAUGACAAGAACUGUACAGUAGAGAUGAGUAAGUAACAAAACUACCGACUCUACUUGUUAUCAGGAAAUACCACCUUGCACUCUGUUAGAAUUUAAUAUUACUCAGUGAAUGAUGAACGGUUUCAUCAUCUAACAUAUUGUUUUGUAUUUUAAAGCAUCAUGUAUUUGCUACUUGCCAACAAUAAACACUGUGUUAAAACUAUGUUA